AAUAUUCGGUUUUUAGCUUUGCACUUCGUCGGUCACAAGGUUCCCGCCAUCCCGGGAAGAAGUUUUUAGACUAGCGUCAUACAAAUGCUGUAACAUUUCACACGAAUAAUCGAUGAAUCAUACCUUAACUCUGUCUGAACUGUCCUGAUUUUAGAAAACUAUGUGUUUUAAGAUACAGACAGUGCGCUACCUGGAGUAUUUAUCCCCUGGAAUAUCUGAGGAUUUCUUUGAUAUGAUCAAACAGUAUUUAGACAUUGAAACAGGGCGUCAGUCAGUUCUGUCCCAUGAAGAACUGUUGAAUGGUUGGUCAGUAGAUGACGAUCCAUUUUCUGUAAAUAAUGUAGAUGUUGCUUUUGUGGAAUCCUCUUAUUUUCUCGAACUUGUGAAAAAGAAGGAUAAAUUUGUUCAACUCUGCUCCGCCGCUCCCGUCCAUCUGCACUCCAGAACACAGAACAAACCCUACUACUUCUCUGAUAUUGUGGUCCAUUCAGAUAAAAUAUCUAGAUAUAAAGAAUUGAACGACUUGAGGGGUUACCGAUGGGCAUAUAAUGAAGAAAACUCUCUUAGUGGUUGCCUUAUUGUCCUGGCUGAACUCAACAGAAUGGGAACCGGUUCCUACUUCUUUGGAAAUAUUCUACAAUCAGGAUCACAUCUGAAUUCUAUCAACAUGAUUCUGGAUAAUAUUGUGGAUGCAGCAGCUAUAGAUUCCACCGUUUUGAAUACAUUCAAGAAACUGAAUCCCAAUCAAGCUGCCAAGCUGCAUACUUUGGAAUCACUUGGACCUCUGCCAAUACACCCCAUUGUGUUCAACAGACGCCUUCCAGCUUGUUUCAAGAAGAAAAUAACAAAAGCACUUCUAGAAAUGAACAGGAAACCUCUAUGGAAGUCACAUCUGCUAGAGUUUGAUGUCACUGGCUUUGUUCCCAUAGAUAUUUCACUUUACAACUUAGAAUUACAAAUAAAGGAAGAAGUGAAAUUCACAAGACUCAGGCCUACUUAUUACUGACAGUUUGAUACAGUGCCAUGCAAAAGCAAUCAGAAUUAAAAUGUGUAUUGUAUCAAAGCACAUUCUAAGACGACAUACAUCAAAAUUUCCCCUUUUAAAAAUCAUUGUACAGUAUCAAGUGAAAUGUGUGAUUUUUAAGUGAAAUAAAUAUUAGGACAAUU